AUGGACCUCGGAGACAGUGGCGCUCGGGGCGGCGCUGCAGUGGCCACAGCGGUGGCGUCGUGCUCGGUGCUGCUGCUGCUACUUUUGCGCCCGCUCCUGCUCCACCCAACGCGGGACUUUGCGGUCCUGGCUCAGUUCCUGCUACUUCAGCUCGGCGUAUUGGCGGUGACGGCGGGUGUUUCGCGCAACUUAAGCCACCUCCGUCGCCGCCGCGUCGAGCUGCAACGCGCAACUUUCGACGCGGCGCAACGUCUGCUGAGUCUCUAUCUGACGCUACAGGCGCUGCGGCACUUUGGCGUGCUGUUUGCCUUCUUGGUGCAACAUGUGGACCCGCUGCUGCUGCAACUUCAGCGCUGGAACGCCACAGGGGACAAGAAGAACGCGCUGCUGCUGCUGAUGGGCUACUUACUGGUGGCCGGCAUCCAUUCGGACGCGUACGGCGCUCUGCUGUACACACUGGGGCUGCUGGGAGCGGCGCUGGGGCUGCGACUCGCUGUCCAGUCGCUGGUCGUUGACGCUGCUCAUGCACGCGAUGACGCGUCGCCGCAGACGCUGCUGUCCAUUGCAAUGGCCACGAGCGUUGCAGCAGUGCUGGCGUUCAUGACACCAGCGAGUGCUGCUGAACAGGUCCAGCAGCUCAUGAACGACCGGAUGCACAGCGAUUCGAGCGUCAGGAGCGCCAUGACGACGUGGACAGCUGUGUGCCUAGUGGGGGCGACUGCGAGUCACUUUGCAGGGCGCUACUUUGAGCAGAAACUGACGCUGCUGUCGUCUAUCCAUCAAGCAAAAGCUCAGCUCGUGUGCUCGUCAACGGGGAUACUACUGGCCAUUGUUGUUGCACUGUGGGAGCGGCAAUGGCUGCACGCUGCGUUGAGUGUCAUGGCCACCAGUCUGAUACUCUACGUCUUUGUGAGCGGGUGGCGCCGCGUCGAUGUUUUGCCGUACGGUGGUAGUGGCCACAACGGCGAUGACAGUGAAGCGGGUCUGAACACAUACCGACCGAGUUUGGGUCAUAGCUCGAAGGGUGGCGUGCUGUCUGGAGCGAGUCACAUCAUUGGUGUAUUGUGGUCACGACGCGCCUCACGUCAGAUGCUGAUCUUCCUGUCGGUCAAUGUUGCCUUUAUGUUUGUCGAGCUUGGCGUCGGGCUCUGCACGAAUUCGCUUGGGCUCAUGGGUGACGCGGGGCACAUGCUGUUUGACAAUGGUGCUCUCGUGAUUGGUCUCGGGGCAUCCUACAUUGGCCAGCUUCCACCUGACGCGAAGUUCACGUACGGAUAUGGCCGUGUCGAGGUCCUCUCGGGAUUUUUGAAUUCACUGCUACUGCUGGUCGUGUCGUUUCACCUGCUUACUGAAGCAGCGUCACGUUUCUUGGACCCACCUGAGGUGACGACAGACCAUUUGCUGCUCACGUCGACCGUUGGUCUGGUCGUGAAUCUCGUCGGUCUAUUCUUUUUCCAUGAUCACGUGCACGGUAAUUGCCACAGCCAUGGCGGGGAUGCAAAGCACGAUGGAGGCUGCGGCAGUGGCCAUGGACACAGCCACGGCAACGGUCACCACGAGGUCGGUAGCGGCCAUGCACCAGACGGCGGCCACGAUGGUGGGAACAGCAACAGCAACAUGUAUGGCGUGUACCUGCACGUAUUGGCCGAUACGAUGGGUAGUGUGGGCGUGAUCAUUUCGUCGGUGCUCAUUGAGAUGUUCGGGUGGCACGUGGCUGACUCUGCGUCCUCAGCACUCAUAUCGUUGCUGAUUUUGGGCAGCACGUUACCGCUGCUGCGGAACACAGCUCUCCAACUGCUACAGGGAGCACCUCAGGAGCUGAAGCACAAAGUCGACGCAGCCCUGCUUGAUGUACAAACAAUGGUACCGGGCGUCGAGCGUAUAGCUCGCUGGCAUAUUUGGCACCAUGCGGGCAACAUGAGUGUGGCCACGUUGCACCUCGAGGUCACAUCUGCCGCCGACGAGCAACGUGUGCUCCAGCAGACUCGCGAGAUCUUCCGGCGGCAUGCUCAACUUGAUGAGUUCCUGACCGUGCAGGUGUCAAAGCCUCAGGUGAUGCGCACGCUGGGAGCGGAUGGCGAUGGAACUGAGGGACCACAAACGAUGAACGGAUGCAAUGGGGACCAUACCCACACUCAUCGUCAUGACCACGGUCACGGUCAUAGUCACGGCCACAGCCAUCGUCAUGAUCAGGGUCAUAGCCACGAGCACGGCCAUCGUCACGAGCACGGCCAUCGUCAUGAUCAGGGUCACAGCCACGAGCACGGCCAUCGUCAUGAAGACGGGUCUUUGCCAAGUGCCCACUCUGCGUUCUCAGCGCAUCACCAGCAUUCGCACCCUGUGGCCAUUCCAGCGAGGAUGCCCCAGAACCCAGCGAGUGAUGACUCCGGCUACGUCCUCUUACCCAGGCAUCCGUCCAAGACCCUCGGUGUAUCGAGCCACAGCCACGGCCACGGGUUUGCAAGCGACACGACUUCCGCAAUAUUCCAGCCGGUUGCUCCGCUUUUCGUGACACAUCAGCACCACUAG